UCAAGUCUCUUAAUACCUCAAAAGCACACACAGCCAACCAACCAACAAACCAAAUAAACAACCAACAGCACGUCGACUAGUACUAACCUACCCCAGCACACAGACCGUUCGAACGCCUGACCAAACCGCAUCACCGCCCCAGUGAACACACAAAAAGAUUAAAAUUGUACAAAGUACGAAUCGAAUCGAAGGAGUUGCAACGCCAAUUGUGAUUGCUACAGAUAAAGGCAACGCGCGGUUAACUUCAAAAAAACGCAAACUAAGAAAAAAAUAUUAUUUAUAUAUUUUUUUACUACCGAGCCAAAUACGAAAAAAUUUUACUAUAUUAAUAUUUUUGUUUUGUUUGUUUUCAAAACUGCAACUUUUUAUUGGUUUCUGUUUUUUCAAAGUGCAACUUGGCUGUGUUCCACCAAUUGUGCUUUUGAAGCGAAGCGAAAAUUUGAGUAAAUAAUAGAAAUCCAAAGCGGAUAGCAAAGAAAUUAGUGGUUUUAAAAAAAAAGUGUAUCUAAUUUGCAUAAAAAGUGCAUAAAAGUGUUUGAAGUGUAAUUGUAGCAUUUGCUUUUUCGGAGAAAAAGUUCGCAUUGCAAUUGUUGUGAUUUGUGCAUUUUUUGGGUGCAAUUACCAUUACUGGCAGUCUACGCGCAUUCGCAACUAAUUUGUGACAGUAAAACAACAAAAUGAAAUACUUCGCUUGCCUUCUUGCCAUCUGCAUGACACUGGCUCUGGUUGCCGGUCAACAGUUCUUCCCCAUUCCAACAAAGUUCAACUACAACCCAUUGGGCGCUGGUGGUCUAUCGUCUCCAAAUGCAAUCCGGGAUGCGCGCAAUGACCGAGGUCCCGUACUCUUCCCACCAUCGCCACCAAAUCCCUACGAUGAGACCAGCGGCGUGAUCGUUGGCGCUUCCGGAUAUGGUUUCGUGCCGCCACAACAACAAAGAUUCGUACGCGGUUAAGCAUUAAAUGCUUAUGAGUCACAAAAGCGAUCGCCAAAGUUAAAACAGCCAACAUACAGCAGCACUGCAACACGCUUACAAGCUUAUCGAAAUACGCACACACACACACACACACACGCAUAUAAAUAUAUAUAUAUGUAUAUAUAUAUAUACAUAAAUAUAUAAGUAUAAAUAAAUAUAAGUCACACGCAAAAGUAUAUUUAAGCGCAACGUAUGCUUGAACCUCACUUGCAUACACACACACACACACACAUACACGCAUAAGCUUUGCUUGGAUUGAACGCCAUUUUUAUCGCUAAUUAAGUUUAAAUAAAUUAUUAACGCACUGAUUAAUUGCAAAAUAAUAUCACCGGUUGCACAAAUAACAGUAAAAAUAAGCACAUCAAUAUGGGCAACAGCAGCGGCGGCCGUAGUAUGGCAACAACAAUACCAAACAACAUUCACUGGGCAUUUGUAUGUAGGUAAAAUAAUAAAUUUGAAAAAAAAAAAAAUGUAAUUGGUGUAACAGGAGUCUAUAGAGAAAUUUGCAUCUUUGCAAACGGAAGCGGAUAUACAAGCCUUUAAAUUAUUUUUCUCGUAAAUUCAGAUAUCGUACGCAACACACAGCUUAAUUCACCAGCCACCUACUUAGCAAUCAAUGCACAAUCAGUCAUUUUUACUAAACAUUAGUCAUCAAUAAUAUUAAAUUUUUAUUUAAUUAUUUUUAUUUAGUUGUUAAAGAGAAAUUCUUUAAGUUUUUAUCGUUUAUUAAUGUAGUCAUUCAAAAUUGUUAAAUGCAUAAAAGAGAAAGAAAAAAAAACAACAAAAUUUAUUAAAUAUGAUUCUAAGCCAUUAAUAAUUUGUAUACUUUGUACAUUUUUGUGUUAAUUUUUUAAGCAAUAUUUUUAUUUCACAGCUUUUUCG